AUGGCUGUUGGUGAGCUCUCAUCGGACGACGAGCCGGACCGGGUCGUGGCCACUGCCGGCUUGGCUCCUCCGUGCCCAGACAGGAGAGUUCUCGGAGCGAUAGGACACGACGACCGGCCUGGGGUUGCCGACAGCAGUGGAGAUGAGAAGGAUGAGAUUACUGAGGAGGUCAAUCAGGGGGUAGAAGGGGGAAUAGAGCCAGAUGUCACGGACCCCAAGAAGACGCAUGGUGGCAGCCGUUCCCAGAGUCGGCGUGGCUCUUCGUUUGCCAACUCAGGCAUUGUCCCUCGCUCACAACGCCGAGGGCUCCUUGGCCGCUUGGGCCUCAUACCAGAAGUCGGGAGGCCGUACGAGUACAAGAACAGCACCAAAUGGAUGAUUACUGCCGUCGUCGCCCUAGCUGCUGCAGGUGCGCCUAUGGGCUCGGGUAUCUUCCUUCCUGCGCUCCCUUCCAUGUCGGUUGACUUGAAAGCGUCACGAACUAUUACCAACCUUACCAUCUCCUUUUACAUGCUGGCCAUGUCCAUAUUUCCCCUGUGGUGGCAUGUACCCCUUUCUCCAAGCUGUGUUACACUGUCCUCCUUCUCCGAAACGCUCGGCCGCCGAACUAUUUACAUUGUCUCAUUUACCCUCUUUGUCGUCUUCUCCAUACUCAAUGCAGUAAGCGUCAAUAUUUCGAUGCUUGUCGUUAUGCGGAUCCUCGGUGGCGGUGCUUCCGCUUCCGUCCAAGCCGUUGGCGCCGGCACGAUCGCUGACAUAUGGGAGCCUGCACAUCGGGGCCGAGCCAUGGGAAUCUUUUACCUCGGGCCUCUGGUCGGCCCCCUCUGCGCCCCCAUUAUCGGCGGCGCCCUAGCGCAAGGCUUCAGCUGGCGCGCAACAAUGUGGUUCCUCUCCAUAUACGGUGGCGUCAUGUUGCUCAUGCUGCUGUUGUGUCUCCCCGAAACUCUCGCCAGGCCACCACCACCACCACCCACAGUCCCGGCAGCCGAAUCGGCCAACACUCUCCAGCGCGUCUCAACAACUCAAUCCAUCAAACACCACACGGUCAACACGGCCGCCCUCGUAAAACGUUACUUGAUCGACCCGCUCUCGGUCGUUCUGUACCUCCGCCAGCCGCCUGUCUUCAUCACGGUCUACUGCGCUUCCAUCGCCUUCUUCGCCCUCUUCGUCCUCAACAUCUCGAUCCAGUCCACUUUCUCCUCGCCGCCCUACUCCUUCCCGCCGAUCCCCCUCGGCGCGUGCUAUCUGGCCCCCUCGCUCGGCUACAUCCUCGCCUCCCUUGUUGGCGGCCGCUGGAUCGACUACAUCAUGGCGCGCGAGGCCGAGCGCGCCGAGCGCUUCGACGAGCACGGCCAGCUGGUCUACCUGCCCGAGGACAGGAUGCGCGAGAACAUGUGGCUAGCCGCGACCUUGUACCCCGGCGCCCUGGUCUGGUUCGGCUGGACCGCACAGAAGGGGGCGCACUUCAUGGUGCCGAGCGUGGCGAACUUCUGGUUUGGCGUCGGGAGCAUGCUGGUUUUUGGCGUGACGACGACCAUGUUGACCGAGUUUAUGCCGCGCCGGAGUAGCAGUGGUGUGGCGGUGAAUAAUUUUGUGAGGAAUAUCUUUUCGUGUGUCGGGAGCGUCAUUGCGCAGCCGCUGAUUGAAGUCAUGGGGGUUGGCUGGUUGUGUACCAUGGUUGGGUUGUUUGCGCUGGUGACUGGGGUUGCGGCGGUUUGGGCUCUACGGAGGUAUGGUGCGACGUGGAGGGAGGAGAUGGAUCGGAAGGUGAAUCAGGAUGAGUAG